UUUAGUCGUAGAAACUAAUAACAAAACCCCAAAGUUAAAAGAAAAAAAAAGUGAAAGAUGAGUAAUGAAAAAGAAUGAGAAGCAACCUAGAAACAUGGGUUUAGGUAGAAGACACAUCAUCAUCAAUGACAAUAACAAAAUAGAACCAACAUCAUCUAUUUAAUUUCUUCUUCUCUUGGACAAAAGAAGAAUUACUUUAAUCAAUCAUCCAUUAUUGUUAUUGCUAUUAUUAUUAUUACUAUUAAAAUAAACAACAAGUGGUACUCAAAUAUAUACUUUAAAAAAAGUAGAAAUGGAUAGCCCACAAGAGACCUUCCUUGUUCUAACCAAGAAGGCUCCAAGAAACCUCCCUUGGACUCAAAUUUUUCUACCCUUUAUAAUCUCCCUCUUCACUCUUCAUUUUCCACUCAAUUCAAUUCCCUACAAUCAUUCCAUAUAUUCAACAACCAAACAAAAGAAAUUCUUCAUUUCUCUUCCCAACUUUUCCUUUUUCAAAUGGAUACUUCUUCACUAGAUUUGAUAAGGCAACAUCUUCUUGAUGAUGAUGUUGUUUUCAUGGAAAAUUAUUGUACUUCUUCAGAAACAACUAGUACUCUUUAUUCACAAAGCUCAUCAUCUUCUGAGUCUUUAGAAUCAUUUGUCUCUGAACUCAAAACCGAAAGCAACUUCUCUUUUUAUCCCGAGAGUUCAAAUCUUGAAUUCUGUAGUUUCUUCAAUAAUAACUCAAAAAUGGAAUUCAAUCCCUCUGAAUUCCAAGUAAAACCCCAAAAGAAGAAAAGUUUCAACGAACGAAAACCUUUGUUGAACAUUUCAAUUCCUUCUGUCAAGAAAACAGACGAAUCAAAAACAGGGGAAAAUUCAGAGAAAAAGCGAUACAGAGGAGUGAGGCAAAGGCCAUGGGGGAAAUUUGCAGCGGAGAUUCGUGAUCCAAAUAGAAAGGGGACACGAGUUUGGCUAGGAACAUUCGAUACUGCAGUGGAUGCGGCCAUGGCUUACGACAGGGCCGCGUUUAAGCUCAGAGGGAGCAAAGCAAUCUUGAAUUUCCCACUUGAAGUUAGUAAUUUUAAGCAAGAAAAUAAUGAGAUUGAGAAAAAAGUGAAUUUGAAUUCUUGUGGGAAAAGGGCAAGAGAAGAAAUUGAGAAUGAAGACCAAGUUGUGAUGAAGAAAGAGGUGAAAAGAGAACAAAUGGUAGCAACUCCAUUAACACCUUCAAGUUGGGCUCCGAUUUGGGAUUGUGGAAAUGCAAAAGGUAUUUUUGAGGUGCCUCCUUUGUCACCAUUAUCACCACAUCCAAGUUUUGGUUUUUCUCAACUUUUGGUUUCAUAGUGAAAUGACCAAGAAGUUUACGUGAAUAUGCAUGAUAUUUGGACCUCGGUUGUGAUCUUGCUGUCACGAUCCACUGAGAUUUAGACAUCCAAUGUGAUUCUUUGAAAAAAAAAAAAGAUUUGUGAAUAAGUACUUGGAAAAUGAAAAAGAAAGAUGAACCAACCAUUGGGUAUGAGGUGAUUUCAAGUCCAAAAAUUGGGAGCAGAGGGUUUUGGAUUAAUGCAUAUUUUUAAAAUUUUUAAUUUCAUUUAUUAAGGUUUAUUUCAUGUAAUCAUGUAAAUAUGACUUCAAUUUGGAAGUUUUGUUUGAUUGGUUUAUCUAAGUAAGAAGGUUAAAAUUCA